CUCUCCCGCCCGGGAGCUCACAGGGACGCGCGUGCGGGGUGCCGCGAGAGGGUGCCACGAUGGAUGGCGCUCUGACGGCCCGCCAGGAGCUAAGCUACCAGAGAGACAAGCCACUGGGCCUGUCUGUAAACGGCAGAGAGAGGAGGCAUACCUAAAACGUGAGCAGGAACAUUUCACCGGCCUAGGUGACCAUGAAGAAUUUAAAUAAGAUAGUAAACGAAGGGGAUUCAAGUCUUGCCGUGGAGCUACAGGAAGAGCCCGAGGAAAAUUCUAGCCCUGUUGUGGAUGAGAAUAAUAUAGUAUCAGCCAAAAAACAGGGACCUAGCACACAUAACUGGAGCGGUGACUGGAGCUUUUGGAUCUCGAGCUCCACCUAUAAAGACAGGAAUGAGGAAUACAGGCAGCAAUUCACACACCUGCCUGACUCAGAGAAGCUGAUAGCAGAUUAUGCUUGUGCUCUUCAGAAGGAUAUCUUGCUUCAGGGGCGGCUGUACCUUUCAGAAAACUGGCUGUGUUUCUAUAGCAACAUCUUCAGAUGGGAAACUACAAUUUCUAUUGCUUUAAAGAAUAUAACCUUUAUGACCAAGGAGAAAACCGCUCGACUCAUCCCAAAUGCUAUCCAGAUCAUCACGGAGGGGGAAAAGUUUUUCUUUACAUCUUUUGGUGCCAGAGACAGAAGUUACCUGAGUAUAUUUAGGCUGUGGCAGAAUGUAUUAUUAGAUAAGAGCCUGACCAGACAGGAGUUCUGGCAACUGCUCCAGCAGAACUAUGGCACGGAGCUGGGCUUAAACGCUGAAGAAAUGGAACACUUGUUGUCAGUUGAAGAAAAUGUGCAGCCAAGAAGCCCAGGAAGAAGCAGUGUGGAUGACUCUGGGGAAAGAGAUGAGAAGUUCUCCAAGGCCAUCAGUUUUACACAGGAGUCAAUAAGCAGAGCUUCAGAAACAGAGUCAUUGGAUGGGAACUCACCGAAAAGAGGAUUCGGAAAAGAGGAGUCCCAGAAUGAGAGACACACGAGAAAAAGUCCUUCCCUAGCUACAGAAAAUAGACUAAGCAGAGCGCCCUCCAAGUCACUGGACUUGAAUAAGAAUGAAUACCUUUCUCUGGACAAAAGCAGCACUUCAGAUUCUGUGGACGAAGAAAAUAUUCCUGAGAAGGAUCUUCAAGGAAGACUGUAUAUCAACCGUGUCUUUCACAUGAGUGCUGAGAGAAUGUUUGAACUUCUCUUCACUAGCUCACACUUUAUGCAGAGAUUUGCUAAUUCUAGAAAUAUAAUAGAUGUGGUGUCUACCCCCUGGACGGUUGAAUCUGGAGGCAAUCAACUGAGAACCAUGACCUACACCAUACUCCUGAGCAACCCGCUUACCGGGAAGUACACUGCUGCCACAGAAAAGCAGACACUGUAUAAAGAGAGUCGGGAAGCACAGUUUUACCUAGUAGAUUCGGAAGUGCUGACACAUGAUGUCCCCUAUCAUGACUACUUCUACACUCUGAAUAGAUACUGUAUCGUGCGAUCUGCAAAACAGAGAUGCAGGCUGAGAGUCUCGACAGACUUGAAAUACAGGAAACAACCAUGGGGCCUUAUCAAGUCUUUAAUUGAGAAGAAUUCCUGGAGUUCACUGGAGAACUAUUUCAAAAAGCUUGAAUCAGAUUUGUUAAUGGAAGAGUCUGUGUUGAGUCAAUCCACUGAAGAUGCUGGAAAACUUAACAGCCUGCGCCGGAGAAGGCGGACCUUGAACCGGACAGCGGAGCCAGUUCCCAAGCUGUCUUCUCAGCGCUCAUCUACAGAUUUGGGCUUCGAGGCCAAAGUUGAUAUUACAGGAAAGAGAAAGACCGUGGACAGUUGUGACACCGCCCUUAUUGUGGUGAUGAGUGUAUUUUUGCUGCUGCUAGUUCUGCUGAAUGUGACGCUGUUUCUGAAGUUGUCAAAGAUAGAACACGCCACCCAGUCCUUCUACCAGCUUCACCUCCAAGGAGAGAGAUCUUUAAAUUUAGUCUCUGACAGGUUCUCAAGAACAGAAAAUAUUCAAAAGAACAAAGAUCAGGCCCACCAUUUAAAAGGAGUACUCCAAGAUUCCAUAUUAAUGUUGGAACAGCUGAAGAGUUCACUCAUUAUGCUUCAGAAAACCUUUGAUUUACUAAAUAAGAACAAGUCUGGGGUGGCUGUGGAGAGCUAGUGCUGAAAUAUGGAAAUAAAAGAGACAUCUGGACCUAGAAGGCAACAUCUGGAAGGAAACGGAGGAUGAAGACUCUCACUGUCAUAAGGACAUUUCUGAUAUUUUUAUUACUUGGGAUUUCUACUAGGAAAGCUGUAUUUAAAUAACAUUUACUCAAUGAUUACUCUCCAAUAGCCUCAAGACUCUAUCUUUUCACUUCUUAUAGAUAUUUUUAAGCUGUGAAUUUCUCCAGUGAACCAUGAAAUAUAUUUUGGAAUUGAAAUUCUGUAACACAAAAGGGGAAGGAAGGCACCCUGAGUAUGAUGGCUUCUCUCUAUAGUGAGGCUUGUUACUUGAUCCUUUAAAUUUAUGUUAGCACAGAGUCCCUGUGUGUGCCCAGGGGCCUGUGUUUGUAGCUGAGUUUAAGAGCCUAAAAAGGUAAGAAGAAACCCCUCAAUCAUUUGCCACCUUAAAGGAUUGUUUUCCAAACUCAUACAUUCCAGGUUUGUAUCUUUAAAUUUUACAGUGUCUUCAUUGACUUGUUCUCAAGGUCAGUGGUCAGACCUUUUGUAUGUCUGAAAGAGUCAUUGACCAUGUUAUAUCUGAAUGAAGGAGUAUAUAUGUAUGUAUAUAUAUACACAUAUAUACAUGUAAAUGUAUACAUAUAUACAUAUGUGUAUAUGUCUGUCUGUCUGUCUGUAUACCAAAGGUGAGAUUAUCCUUCAUAUAUCAAAAAGACUAAACAGUAAUUUAGGAGAAUGAAGUAUAUAGGCUGUUAAUGCUCAUAAUGAACUACUUUUAGUUUUAGAAGCCAUAAGAUGAUUAUCCAAUUUGGGCAUUUCAUGACGGAUCAAAUGAGUCCAUGAGUUAUGCUUGGAUUCAGCUUAGCAAUGCCCAUGAUGUACGUGACCCAUUGGAUGGAAAAUAAUCGAUCACUUUUCAGUAGCAGCUACACACAGCUUCAUCUUUUCUUACACGUGUAGCUUGUCUUGCUGGCAAAUUAUAAGCUGGAGACAAACUUGCGCUCGGCAGUAAAGACUGGAGACAUGCACGCUGACUGGAGUUGAGAGGCACAAGCUUGGGCUCUCAGGAAGGCUUUUUAGGCACUGGUGUCAGUACCAGUGGGUUGUGAAAAUAAGGACUUUGUAACCUGACUUGAAAUUAGCUCCAUCCCCAAGGAUUUAGGAAAUGUUCAGGACAUAUUUAUUGGUUUGUUCUCUAGAGGUUUUUCUAGAACACGCACAUAUAUUUAUCCUUAUCGAAUAUCCAUUGUCUUUAGUCAAUGUUUCCUUUCCCUCAGUGCCACCAAAGUCAAAUGUCACUGCUAAUAACAUUUUUGAGAACCCCUUGGGGAAUAAAAAUACUGGCUAAAGGGAAGGGUUUCUCUUCAUGAAUCCUAACUAAUCUCCCUGGGGAAGGGGGCUUCAGAGUAAUACCUCCUGUUUUGUUUUGUUGUUUGUGAUAAGAAUAUAGGAAGUAUCUGGCUGUGAGUUAGUGACUGGAUUAGAAACUUCAAAAUUUAGAAAAAUGGUAACUGUCGAAAUGAAUGUUUUUGUGGUUUCUCUUAAACUACUUUAUCAUAUACCUCAAAGAUUACCAACGUCGCUUUGUAGAUAAAACACUAAAUAUAUAUGUAGAAUUAAUGAGAUCUUAAUCUGUUAUGUAUAGAUGGAAGUCAAUAAAAUCCAAAAUGUCUAAA